UAGCAGUUUGUAUUCGCUCAGUGUUUGCCACAACUGAGCUGAGCCCGCCGCGCGAGGGCCGGAGCGAGCAGCAGCAACCCGCCUGGCUGUAUAGGGAGCCCGAGCGGAGCUGCCCCGACUCUCCCCACCCCCUGAGAACUGCCCCGCUCGUGGCAUAUUAGUGCGGGGAGGGUGGCGAGGAGAGAGCCGCCGCCGCCUGCUUGGCUGACUCGCUUCUCUGGAGUAGCCGGAGGAUACCCAGCGGCGCCAGCUCCCAAGAAGCCCCUCGCAGGCUCCGCGCCUGAGCAGGGGCCAGGGCGUCUUGGCAGCCCAGCGCCGCCGCCACCACCGCCGCCGCCGCCGGGGAGAGGGAGAGAGUUGGUGCCGUUGCUGAAUUUUUAAUGGAAAAAUGGCGAUCUCGACACAGACCUGCGGCGCAUCUUGCCUCGUCCCGGCUCUGUGCAGCCAAAUAAUCCUGUGCCUCUUCGUCUUCUCGACUCCCGCCGCGGAUGGCUACAGCUUCCCUCAGCAGUACACGAUGCAGUACUGGGCCAGAAGGCUGGAGCAAGAGAUUGAUGGAGUGAUGAGGAUAUUUGGUGGUGUUCAGCAGCUCAAGCGGAUCUACGAUGAGAAAAAGAACCUGUUUGAAGUAAGAGAGAAUGUCCCAGAGAAAAUAGUGGAAAAAGUAUCUGGGGACAUAGAGACUCUGUUGGCCAAGAAAGUCCAGGCAUUAAAGCGGCUGGCCGAUGCAGCAGAAAAGUUUCAGAAAGCCCAUCGUUGGCAAGACAACAUCAGGGAGGAGGAUAUUGAAUACUAUGACUCCAAGGCUGACACGGAAUACGAUGAUCCGGAGGGUGAAGAAAUUGAAAAGGAAAAGUCCAACUCCUUGAAGCUGGAUUUCACAGACGAUGACAACUUUAAAACCAAAGUUAACUACUCCUACGCUGCUGUGCAGAUACCUACAGACAUCUACAAAGGCUCCACUGUAAUCCUCAACGAGCUCAACUGGACUGAAGCCCUGGAGGAUGUGUUCGUUGAAAACCGAAAAGAAGACCCAUCUCUGCUGUGGCAGGUCUUUGGUAGUGCCACAGGUGUGACUCGCUUCUACCCAGCCACACCUUGGAGGGCACCCAAUAAGAUUGACCUGUAUGAUGUCCGACGAAGGCCAUGGUACAUCCAGGGGGCCUCGUCUCCAAAGGACAUGGUGAUCAUCGUAGACGUGAGUGGCAGUGUUAGCGGCCUGACACUGAAGUUGAUGAAGACAUCAGUCUAUGACAUGCUGGACACACUCUCAGAUGACGACUACGUCAACGUGGCUUCAUUUAACCAAAAGGCACAGCCUGUCUCCUGUUUCAAUCAUUUAGUCCAGGCAAACAUCCGCAACAAGAAGGUUUUCAAAGAGGAUGUGGAAGGAAUGGAGGCUCAAGGAACCACUGACUACAAGGCGGGGUUUGAGUAUGCCUUUGAACAGCUACAAAAUUCCAACAUCACUAGAGCUAAUUGCAAUAAGAUGAUCAUGAUGUUCACCGACGGAGGGGAAGAUCGCGUGCAGGAUGUGUUUGAGAAGUACAAUUGGCCCAACAAGACGGUACGAGUAUUCACCUUUUCUGUGGGACAGCAUAACUAUGAUGUCACUCCCCUGCAGUGGAUGGCUUGCGCGAACAAAGGUUAUUACUUUGAAAUUCCCUCCAUUGGGGCCAUCCGAAUCAACACGCAGGAAUACUUGGAUGUUCUUGGAAGACCCAUGGUCUUAGCAGGGGACAAAGCAAAACAGGUUCAGUGGACCAAUGUCUAUCAGGAUGCUUUGGGUCUGGGCUUGGUGGUGACAGGUACUCUGCCAGUGUUCAACCUCACUGAGGAUGACAGCAAUGAACAGAAGAACCAGCUCAUCCUGGGUGUUGUGGGGAUUGAUGUGGCUCUGAAUGAUAUCAAGAAGCUGACGCCGCGAUACAAUUUAGGGGCUAACGGCUAUGUAUUCGCUAUUGAUCUGAAUGGAUAUGUAUUGUUACACCCAAAUCUACGGCCCCAGAUCAUCAAUUUCCAGGAACCUGUGACGUUAGACUUUCUUGAUGCUGAGCUGGAGGAUGAGAACAAAGAGGACAUCCGGAGAAGCAUGAUAGAUGGAAUUAGAGAUCAGCGAUACAUCAGGACUCUGAUCAAGUCCCAAGACGAGAGGUACAUAGACAAAGUCCACAGGACCUAUACCUGGGCACCUAUCAAAAGCACAAACUACAGCCUAGGUUUAGUCUUGCCACGCUACAGUACCUUUUACAUCCGAGCGAACCUAAGUGACCAGAUUCUCCAGGUGAAGUUACCAAGCAAAUUGAAGGAUUUUGAAUACCUGCUGCCAAACAGCUUUGAGUCCGAGGGACAUGUAUUCAUUGCUCCAAGAGAAUAUUGCAAAGACCUCAACCUGUCGGAUAACAACACUGAAUUCCUGGAAAACUUUAUCGCCCUCAUGGAAAAGGUGACGCCCGACUCCAAGCAAUGUGAUAACUUCCUUCUUCACAACCUUAUCCUGGACACUGGAAUCACCCAACAGCUGGUGGAAAGAGUAUGGAAGGACCAAGACCUAAACACGUAUAGCCUCCUAGCUGUGUUUGUUGCAACUGAUGGUGGCAUCACCCGCGUUUUCCCUAACAAAGCCGCUGAGGACUGGGAAGAAGAACGGGAACCCUUCAACGCCAGCUUCUAUCGGAGGAGCCUCGAUAACAAAGGCUACAUCUUUAAGCCACCUUACCGGGAGCCCAACUACAGAGGGUUGGAGCUGGAAAACAACACCAUUGGGAUCCUUGUUAGCACAGCUGUGGAGCUCAACAUUGAAGAAAGGCACCUGAAACCAGCAGUGGUUGGAGUAAAACUUGACCUGGAGGCCUGGGCAGAAAAAUUUAAAGUCCUUGCAAGUAACCGAACGGAAAGGGAUCAGCUGGGAACACGAAGAUGUGACCCCUCCACAAGCUGUGAGAUGGACUGUGAGGCUAAUUACAAGGACCUCCUUUGUGUGCUCAUUGAUGAUGGGGGCUUUUUGGUGCUCUCCAACCAGGAAGAUUACUGGUUCCAGGUCGGAAAGUUCUUCAGCGAGGUAGAUGCUCACUUGAUGUCUGCUCUCUACAACAAUUCAUUCUUCACCCGGAAAGAAUCGUAUGACUUUCAGUCUGUGUGUGCUCCGGAAGCUCCGAGCAACACAGGAGGUGCAGCACACCGGGUAUAUGUGCCAACCGUGGCAGAUUUUCUGAACCUGGCUUGGUGGACCUCAGCAGCUGCAUGGUCUCUGUUUCAGCAGUUUUUGUAUGGACUAACCUACAACAGCUGGUUUCAAACAGAGGAUGUCACAGCAGACAGCAUGGAGUCCAAAGAGACCAGCUGCAUCAUGAAGCAGACCCAAUACUACUUCAGUACAGUUGACUACACUUACAACACCAUGAUUGACUGUGGAAAUUGCUCCAGGCUAUUCCAUGCACAAAGGCUGGCUAGCACCAACCUUCUGUUUGUUGUAGCAGAAAAGCCAAUAUGCAGCCAGUGUGAAUCCACCAAGCUUCUCCAAGCAGAGAUAAAGGCUCCACCGGGAGAUCGCAAUCAAUGUGAGCUAGUGGAGAAGCCACGGUAUCGAAAAGGUCCCCAUGUCUGUUUUGACUACAAUAAAACGGAAAACACCUCAGACUGUGGCAGAGGGGCUUCCUUUAGACCUUCCUUGAAUAUCUUGUUAUCUCUGCAGUUGCUCCUCCUCUAUUUGACUGCCAGUCGCCAUCCACUGCCCUUGGCGUCUUGCCUUUGAAACAUCCAUUUAGUUCUAGCCCAUCCAUUUUUGCUUUACGCACCAUCUUCAUCCCCCUCUAGACUUGCCAGAGGAGGGCAGCUGCCUAGUCCCAUCAACUCUAGUUACACCUCAGCACUCACUCAUGAGGACCGUCUUUCUUCACUCAGAAGUCCAGAAGCUAUUCUCAUUGUUUGUUUCUCGUUUUCCCUCAUCCUCUCCUUGCCCUUCCAGUGUCUCUGCACAUCAGGUUGUGCAGACAGACACAGAGCUCUGAGCAAGACAUGGGGAAGCAUGAACCAUCGUGACCUUCUCCACAGAGUGAACAUCCCUGAGCUUUGGUUCAUUGCUCCCUGUUCCAUCCAUUGAGCUGUUGGCCAAAUACAAAGAACAGUGGGCCUCGUGGCUUUUUUUCCCAUUGAAUCUGUGGAAUUCUGGGAGACCUUUGUCAAUUUUCAUCAAAAGAUUUCUCAUUUUAUUGUCUAAAAAGUAUUUAAUCAACAAUGCUGACAAAUUACUAUUGUGUUUGAAACAAUUUACCUUCCCAUCCCAAUCAUGCAAACAGAAGCAGCAGCAACAAAAAACAAUAGAGCAGAAAAAAUGGUAUAUUCUUGCCAAAUUGAUUCUGUAGCCUAGUUGACUUUUCAGCCAAUUCCGAUGGCUUGUCAAACUCAACGUAAUCCUAGGAUGUCACCGCAGCAUCUCCAUUCCACCCAGUCCACUCUGUGCUUUCCAAGGCCAUCGUUGCUGAGUCUCUCAUUAGUUAGAUCCCAUCUCAGACCAAUUUUUAAAGUAUUAUUUUUAGCCUGAAGAUUUUAAUCUAGAUCUUUCUACAUCUAAUUUCCAAGCAUUUUAGCCUGACAAGUUAUAGUAUUUAUUGUCAGCAACAAAGACACAAAGAAAAGAAAAAAAGGAUUUGACUUGAAUUUUAUGGUUACUAUUUUUUAUUUAAACCAAGUAACU